AUGGCCUCGUACAUGUACACCUCCGCCUCGGGCAGCAACUGGGAUGACGACGAGGACGACUUCAGCCUCGAAGUGUACCAAGCUGCUGCCAAUGUCUCAGCAUCAACAUCCGUCCGUGACGAGCUCCCUCCCGCACCCACCACUGAGGGUCAGGACGAGGAGCCGUCCGCUUCGACAGUCUCCAGCAUCUUCGAUGACUACUUCGAUCAAGAUGACCUGCCAACAUAUGCACAGAAGGUGACGCAUUCUUGGUACUGUCCGGAUUUGCGCCCUGCGUAUGUUGAGUUGAGCCACCAAGAUGGCUACGCCUACCCCGAAGAGCGUGUCCGAUACUCGUCCAACUGGACCGCAACCAAGUUGCGCAUGGGGGCUAACUUGAGGAUGCCAAUGAUGAUGAAGCCCUCGCCGCUCAAGUUGUCGAUGACUUGGAAGGACGACAGCCAGGGUGACUUCAUCCAGCAUCGCGGCUUGAUGUUCCCUUCACUCCCAUUACCGGUGAUGGCCUACGACAGCUCUUCCGAGGAGGAGCGGGAUGAGGCACAGACGCCACCUGGGUCGCCUCCAAAGGUGCAAGCUACUAUGUACAAGGGUCAUGUGGAGGAGUACGACCCAGUCACCGGCAUCAUCGAUGUGCCCGCUCACAGUACUGAAGCUGACGAUAGUUACCUUUCGUCCGGCUUUGGUGACUUCAGCCGCAUCGCUGCUGACUCAAGUGUUGAGGAUGUUUUGAGCGACGUUGCCACCAGGAUCCAACACAACUACGUCAACGAGUCUAUCGAACAAGGUGGUCUGACAUCUGAACCUACAAUGGUUGGUGUUGACACAGAAGCAAGCUCGGUGACGGAGCAUGGCCAGUCUUUUGAAGUCGAGUCAUGCACACCACCGGGGUCGCCUGCUCGCCGCAACGUUACCGAGGAUCACCACGAGCCAUAUGGCACCUCCUCUACUGUAAUCGCCCAUGAAUGCCUCCAUUGUGAGGUCCCUCCGGUUGCAGUCACUCACACCGCUGCUGCUCAUUUGGAUGAUCAAAUCGAGAGCCCUGCCACAGACUAUAUACCGUCUGAACACGCUGCUGAUUAUGACAACGUCGUGUCAGAAGCAUCGACUUCACUCCGCAUGACCGCCAUCUCACCACCAGAUACCCGUCUAAAAGCAUACACCCAAUACCAAUCCAGCCAGCACCAACAACCGGCUCCAAAGAUCCCAUCCAACACCGCCUCCAAAGCAAAGCAAAGCAUACCAGAUCCCGCCAUCACCGCCUCCACCCCUACCACCACACCCACCACCACCACCCCACCCACAAUGUCCGGCGAACGCAAGUACCAGCGCCGCUUCCUCGGCGGCGGCGGCCGCAAGGGCCCUACAACGAAGCCCACCAACGGCGGCCUGCUCUGCGCGAUAGCGUGCUUUCUGCGCUGCCUCUCAUGCGUCUCCAACUAG